AUGAAAGAAUUUGGUAUUUUAAGUUUGUUGUUGUUGAAUAGUUUUUUGCAGGUAGAAAACUGUAAUGAAAGUGUUUGUGCCCCUGUGGUGAGCAAGUGUUUGUUGAUUAAGUCUUGUAAUUGUGAUGUUCACAAUAGCACCUGUUUUGGCUUGUGUCAUACCUGUUUGGGAAAGUAUUCUAUAGAGUGCUGUUCAUGCGUUGAUAUAUGUCCAAAACACAUUGAACAUAUACCCGAUAAAGAGUCAACAGUGGAAGACCAUCUGGAACCAAUUCCUCAAUUGUUUAAUAUUCUAGUAGAAGGUAGAGACCCAGUUAUGCCCUGGACUACAGAGACUUAUGAAAAUUAUUAUACUACAUCAAUUGGUGAGUUGGUUUCUACUAACUGUAGCAUAAUCUGGUGGGACCAAUGCACUAGCUUCCAAAAGUGCAAAGAUCAGUGUAUAUCUUUGGGUGCUACUAGUACUAGAAUGUUUCACAAUGGAUGUUGUGAAUGUAUAGGGGAUACCUGUAUAAAUUAUGGUCGCAGUAAAAGUGCAUGUAAACAUUGUCCUUUUACCGGACAGAGUGACGAAUAUCCUUUGAGUCCAGAUGAAAACGAUUUUGACUUAGAUUAUGGAGAAGAUUCGGACUUCGAUGAAACUCAGUAG